AUGGAGGAAAUCGCCCCAGAAUAUGAUGUUAUCGUCCUCGGCACAGGCUUAACGGAAUGUGUGCUUUCUGGGGUUCUUUCUGUCAAAGGCAAGAAAGUCCUUCAUAUCGAUCGAAAUGACCAUUACGGCGGCGAGGCUGCAUCUGUCAACAUCGAAGCUCUCUUCAAGAGAUAUGGAAACCAUGGCCCGAGUGAAGAGCCAUGGAAGAAAUACGGCCGCACCAACGACUGGAACAUCGAUCUAGUGCCCAAGCUCCUGAUGGCAAAUGGCGAACUCACAAAUAUUCUUGUCUCAACCGAUGUCACACGAUACCUCGAAUUCAAACAGAUCGCAGGCAGCUUUGUACAACAAGGCGCAGGUCCUCGCGCGACAGUUGCGAAAGUCCCCUCCACUGCUGCCGAGGCAUUAAGUUCACCGUUGAUGGGCCUAUUCGAGAAGAGGAGGGCAAAGAAAUUUCUGGAGUGGGUGGGUGCCUUUGAAGAGAACAACCCAGCAACACACUAUGGAAUGAAUAUGAAUCAGUGCACGAUGAAAGAAGUCUAUGAUAAAUUCGGACUAGAACCCUCCACACGAGACUUCAUCGGUCAUUCUAUGGCCCUGUACCCGACCGACGAAUAUCUCAACACCCCCGGCAUGGCCAUGGAGACCGUGGAGAGAAUUCGCCUAUACGCCAACUCGAUGGCCCGCUACGGUAAAUCACCAUACAUCUACCCGCUAUACGGCCUGGGGGAACUUCCACAAGGCUUUGCCCGUCUCUCUGCUAUCUACGGGGGAACAUACAUGCUCAACACCGCCGUGGACGAGUUUCUUUACGACGGCAACAAAAUCUCUGGCAUCAAAGCAACUAUGCGAGAACGAGGGGAAGAGAACGAAGAAGGCAUGAAAUUCACCACAAAGACCAAGAUGAUCCUCGGCGACCCCUCCUACUUCCCUGGCAAGGUCCAAGUAGUAGGCCACCUACUCAAAGCCAUCUGCAUUUUGAACCACCCGCUUGAAAAGACCGCAGAUGCCGAUUCCUUGCAACUCAUCAUCCCACAAUCCCAAGUCGGGCGAAAACAUGACAUUUACAUCGCCAUGGUAUCCGCUGCUCAUAAUGUCUGUCCCAAAGGAUACUAUGUCGCAAUCGUUUCCACUAUUGCCGAAACCUCUGCGAACCACCAUCUCGAACUGCAGCCGGGGCUCGAAAGACUUGGCCGCAUUGAAGAGAAAUUCAUGGGCCCACCGAUCCCACUAUAUCAGCCGUUGGAGAGCGGUGUGAACGAUCAGAUCUUCAUCAGUAACAGCUUUGAUGCAUCAAGUCAUUUUGAGACUGUCACGGAGAAUGUGAGGGACAUCUAUCAGAGGGCGACGGGAGAGGAGUUGAAAGUGGAAGGGUUGAGGGAGGGCCAGACUCUGGCUGAGGAAUGA